CUUGAGUUGGCGCAGGGGAUCCGGCAAUCGAACGGUUCGUGCUAAAGAAGGAUCUAAAUCCUUCGUCUCGCUCGCGUCGAUCUAAAACCCUAGAACAAGAGAAAGAAGCGAAGGAAAGUCCCAAAAGAUGGACAAGAGCAUGCUCGGCGAUCUGGAUAACCUCCCAGAGGAGGACAAAGCUCGAAUGUCCACGAUGAUUGAUCAGCUCCAGAUACGGGACAGUUUGAGAAUGUACAAUUCACUUGUGGAGAGAUGCUUCAAUGACUGUGUGGACAGCUUUCGACGCAAGACUCUUGACAAGCAAGAAGAAACAUGUGUUCGACGAUGCGCUGAGAAAUUUUUGAAGCAUUCCAUGAGGGUUGGAAUGAGAUUCGCUGAACUUAAUCAGGGAGCUGCAACACAAGAUUAAAGAUAUUCUUAUUUAUCUUGAAUGAUUGUGACUGUUUAUUUUUUGCAGAAUUAAAUUUUGCUUCAAUGCAUUAAUGCCUCAUUUGUGGCAACUUUGUUUAUCUAUGCGGGUUUCUUUGCUUUCUAAGGAUGGAGUUAGUUUAAUUGA